CUCAUCGGCUCCAUCAUCGGGCGCCAGGGCACCAAGAUCAAUGAGAUCCGCCAGGUGUCAGGGGCUCAGAUAAAGAUUGGUAGCCAGCUGGACAGCACCAGCGAGAGGCACGUCACCAUCACAGGGACCCCCAUCUCUAUCAAUCUUGCCCAAUACCUCAUCACCUCCUGGUAAGAGAAAGCUCUGGUCCUUUGUAGCUCAGUUGGUAGAGCUUCUAACAACAGGGUAGUGGGUUCGUAAAAUAUAUGCACUCAUGACUGUAAGUCAUUUUGGAUAAACGUGUCUAUUUAUUAUUAUAUAUUAUAACUCUGGCACCACUCAGGGUUUCCUGGGCCGUGUUCAAUAGGCACAAAAAACAGAAGAAAAUGUUUCCAAUAUGUUUUGCAACGGAAAAUGAAAAUAGGCCUUUCCUAUUGGACAAGUCCAGGUAGUCCCUCCUUGUUUCAGCACAUUUUAUUUGGUUCGGUGCCUAAUGAACAUGACCCUGGUCAGGCCCUACUCAUGAUACAAGGGGACAUUUCACUGCUUCAAAUCCAACAACAAAAAUUGUCACAUGCGCCGAAUACAACAGGUGUAGACCUUACAGUGAAAUGCUUACUUACAAGCCCUUAACAAACAAUGCAGUUUUAAGAAAGAAAGGUGUUAAGUAAAAAAUAGAUAACAAAAAAAUAACAGUAGCGAGGCAAUAUACAGGGGGUACCGGUACAGAGUCAAUGUGAAAUAACAGUAGGGAGGCUAUAUACAGGGGGUACCGGUACAGAGUCAAUGUGAAAUAACAGUAGGGAGGCUAUAUACAGGGGGUACCGGUACAGAGUCAAUGUGAAAUAACAGUAGGGAGGCUAUAUACAGGGGGUACCGGUACAGAGUCAAUGUGAAAUAACAGUAGGGAGGUCUAAUAUACAGGGGGUACCGAUACAGAGUCAAAUGUGAAAUAACAGUAGGGAGGCUAUAUACAGGGGGUACCGGUACAGAGUCAAUGUGAAAUAACAGUAGGGAGGCUAUAUACAGGGGGUACCGGUACAGAGUCAAUGUGAAAUAACAGUAGGGAGGCUAUAUACAGGGGGUACCGGUACAGAGUCAAUGUGCGGGGGCACAGGUUAGUCGAGGUAAUUGAGGUAAUAUGUACAUGUAGUGACUAUGCAUAAAUAAUAAACAGAGUAGCAGCAGCGUAAAAGAGGGGAGAGGGGACAAUGUAAAUAGUCCGGGUAGCCAUUUGAUUAGCUGUUCAGGAGUCUUAUGGCUUGGGAGUAGAAGCUGUUAAGAAGCCUUUUGGACCUAGACUUGGCGCUCCGGUACCACUUGCUGUGCAGUAGCAGAGAGAACAGUCUAUGACUAGGGUGUCUGGAGUCUUUGACAAUUUUUAGGGCCUUUCUCUGACACCGCCUGGUAUAGAGGUAAUGGAUGGCAGGGAGCACGGCCCCAGUGAUGUACUGGGCCGUACGCACUACCCUCUGUAGUGCCUUGCGGUCGGAGGCAGAGCAGUUGUCUUACCAGGCAGUGAUGCAACCAGUCACAAUGCUCUCGAUGGUGCAGCUGUAUAACUCUUUGAGGAUCUGAGGACCCAUGCCAAAUAUUUUCUGUCUCCUGAGGGGGAAUAGGCUUUUUCGUGCCCUGUUCACGACUGUCCUGGUGUGUUUGGACCAUGAUAGUUUAAUAAUAUGCCAUUUAGCAGACGCUUUUAUCCAAAGCGACAUACAGUCAUGCGUGCAUACAUUUUUGUGUAUGGGUGGUCCCGGGGAUUGAACCCACUACCCUGGUGUUACAAGCGCCAUGCUCUACCAGCUGAGCUACAGAGGAUGAUGUGGACACCAAGGAACUUGAAGCUCUCAACCUGCUCCACUACUCGGUCCUCUUUUUCCUUUGGUUUACAAUAAUCUCCUUUGUCUUGAUCACGUAGAGGGAGAGGUUGUUAUCCUGGCACCACACGGCCAGGUCUCUGACCUCCUCCCUAUAGGCUGUCUCAUCGUUGUCGGGGGGAUUGGUGCUUCAUGACAGUCUUAACUUUUAUCUAACUCCACAGAUUACAGAUUUGUUUAAUCUUUUUUUAACGGAACGUUGCCCAUUCAUUUCAACAGCUCGUACUAUAAGAAAACUAGCAACACAUUUGAAGUAUGUACUAAAACUGUCAAGUAUGACAAUAAUGCGUUAACACACUGAUUAAAUCAAGUCUUUUAUCUUGUUAUGAUUAUUCAUGUUGUGUGACUUCUCUCAGAGGUCCUCUCCCCUCCAAUCAGCAGAGAUGUCAGACUAGAUCGUUCACUCACUCUGUCUGUUACCAAGUGUUGAAAAGGCAGUUGAAAAGUGCAGAAUUUUGAACAUACCCCAUUUCUACAAAGAACAAAGAUUUGACUGUAGGGCCAGUUGGUCAUUCCAAGCUAUCAUUGAUUCUACCCUAAAAAACACAUACUGUAGUCAUGCUGCAUUAGACAUGAUACACUGUAUAUUAGACUGUAUUACACGGUGCUUACACAUUGUAUUCACACAGACAAUUCAAAUGCAAUAUGCGCAGUGGUCUAAGGCACUGCAUCGCAAUGCUAGCUGUGCCACUAGAGAUCCUGGUUUGAAUCCAGGCUCUGUCGUAGCCGGCAUCGACCGGGAGACCCAUGGGGCGGCGCACAAUUGGCCCAGCAAUAUCCAGGGUAGGGGAGGGAAUGGCCGGCAGGGAUGUAGCUCAGUUGGUAGAGCAUGGCGUUUGCAACGGCAGGUUUGUGGGUUCGAUUCCCACGGGGGGCCAGUAUGAAAAAUGAAAUACAAAUAAUGUAUGCACUCACUAACUGUACGUUGCUCUGGAUAAGAGCGUCUGCUAAAAUAACUAAAAUGUAAUAUUUAUUUACAUAUUGACAAAUGCAAUAUGUAUCUUUGAUCCUUUACAGAAUAAGGAAAAUCCUAAUGAACUUUGAACUUAUUUGUGUUUCCCUUACCCAAGCCCCUACCCAAGCCAUCACCCUGACUUAUAGCACCCGCUCCCCCCAUGAGAGUCAAAAAGAUCCCCCCUCAAAUAAUCUGUUGCAACCUCCAGCAAAACACACCUCUUUUAUGAUUUGGAAUUUUUAUCUCCUUUUUGAUUUUAUUUAUUUAAUUUCACUCAAUUUCUUUCUUUAACAUGUCUUUUAUUUAUUUAACCUUCUAACCCUUUUCCAUCCGUUACUUCCUACUCCCUCCUCCCUCCUUCCCUCCCUACACCUCCAAUCCCCCCUCUUCCUCUUCCUCCUCCUCCUCCUCCUCCUCCUCCUCCUCCUCUUCCUCCUCUUCCUCCUCCUCCUCCUCCUCCUCCUCCUAUCCCCCCUGUGCAGUUUAGAGACCGCCAAAUCCACCGCCCAGUCUUCCUCCAUGUCGACCUCUGCUGACCUCACCAUGACCUACACCCAACCGCCCUCCCCAGCCCAGUCUUCAGCCGUGGCUGCUGCCACCCUGGCUGCCAUGGGCUGCCCUGGCAUGUCCCACUCCCACCCCCACGCUGCAGUCCCCAUGAUGGGCACCCACCCCUAUGGGGCCCUCCCCCUCUCCAGCCUCCUUGGAAUGCAAUCCAUGAAAUCCAUCCAAUCUGUACCCUUCCUGGCUUUAUCCAACCCUGGCGCCAAUGCAGCCGCCGCCGCUGGAGCCCAGGCCCAGGCCCAGAUCUCCUACACGGCGAAGAUCUCCUCAGCCAACGGGAUCGGGAAGAAACCGGAUAGACAGAAGUUUGCGCCGUACUGA